GUCGCCGUCAGUCCAGGCCGCACCAGCUGCCCUAAUGCGGUAGGGAUCGUCCCGGAUGACGCUAGUCCUGUUCGGGACAAAGUGCGGUGUGGAGAGAUCCCCGAUCGGGCCAAGGCGGUGAGACCGGGCCGGACAAUAAUAAUUAUCAUUAUUCAACUUAGUAAGUUAGUACUAUCGAUGCUUGAUUGCUUUUUGAGUCACCGAUUCUUCUGCAGAUUGAGUCAGGUUAAAUCCUCCCUUACAUCUCUGGCGACUAGCGAUUGACCUUCUCUUUAUACUCAAUUAAUCUUAUAUCUAUCGGUCCACCUGUGUCUUCUGGGACUUACCCCUGUCCUCUACCAUCAUUCUCCACCUCCGUUAUCGCAACAUGAGUCUCAACCUGGCCGCCGCUCGGUGCGGCGCCUUGCGCCAGCGACUUCCUCUCAAUGCUGUGCGUCAGUAUUCUUCCCAUGCGACUCCUCCCACCUCGCCCUUCGCUCCCCGUCAUUUCCUCUCCAUCGGUGACCUCUCCCCCGCCGAAUUCGCCGCGCUCGUCCGCAAUGCCUCUUCGCACAAGCGGGCCAUCAAGUCCGGCUCCGUCCCCCAGAACCUGCUCGGCGCUCUGACCGGCAAAACCGUGGCCAUGAUGUUCAGCAAGCGGAGUACCCGCACGAGGAUCUCCACGGAGGGUGCCGUGGUGCAGAUGGGCGGUCAUCCGAUGUUCCUGGGCAAGGACGACAUUCAAUUGGGGGUGAACGAGUCCCUGUACGACACGUCGGUGGUCAUCUCGUCCAUGGUCUCCUGCAUGGUCGCCCGGGUGGGCAAGCACGCGGACGUGGCGGACCUCGCGAAGCACUCCACGGUCCCGGUGAUCAACGCCCUCUGCGACUCCUACCACCCCCUGCAAGCAGUUGCCGACUUCCAGACCAUCUACGAGACCUUCACGCCCAAGGCCCAUCACCUGAACAGCUUGGGUCUGGAGGGUCUGAAGAUCGCCUGGGUGGGCGAUGCCAACAACGUGCUAUUCGAUAUGGCGAUUGCGGCUGCGAAGAUGGGCGUCGACCUGUCCGUGGCGACGCCGAAGGGGUACGAGAUCCCUGCCUCGAUGCUGCAGAUCAUUGCGGAGGCGGCCAGGACGGCUCCCAAGCCCGGCAAGCUGAUCCAGACCAACGUCCCCGAGGACGCGGUCAAGGGCGCGGACGUCCUGGUGACCGACACAUGGAUCUCGAUGGGACAGGAGGCCGAGAAGAUUCAGCGGUUAAAGGACUUUGAGGGCUUCCAGAUCACCCCGGAGCUUGCCAAGCGGGGCGGGGCCAACGAGGGCUGGAAGUUCAUGCACUGUUUGCCGCGACACCCGGAGGAAGUUAGCGACGAGGUGUUCUACAGCAAACGGUCGUUGGUGUUCCCUGAGGCGGAGAAUCGUCUAUGGGCCGCCAUCUCAGCGCUGGAGGGAUUCGUUGUCAACAAGGGAAAGAUUGAGUAAAGAGAAAUCAAAGUAAAGAAAAAAGAAAGAAAAGAAAGACGGAGGAGUUCUACUUGCAAAAAAGCGAAAUUAAAAAGCAUCAAAAGUAUCAUCAUAGUCCCGCCAUAGCAAUAAUGCCAGAAGCGAAAUGCUCAAAUCAUAUCACAUCAACAUCAGCAUAGAUCAGGCCAUUCUAGUAGAGAAGGCGAUCAUCAGCCAUUGAUCGGCCGUGGCACAGACCGCAGACAACCACACCACCUCGUCAGUGGCAGGAGGUUGAAGAAGAAGAAGAGAAAGAAAGAAGAGCCGUUG